AUGGAUGAGUUGCUUCCUGGGGUGGAACAAAGAUUUUGUGUAAGACACAUGUAUAACAACUUCAGAAAAAUUCACCCAGGGAAGAAGCUUAAGGAAUUGAUGUGGAAGGCAACCAAGUCAACAUAUCAUCAAACAUGGGAAAGAGAAAUGAAAGAGUUGAGGAAAGUUAACGAAGUGGCCUACAAAUAUUUAGUGAAGAUUCCUUCAAGAUUUAGUUUCAAUUCUAAAUGUGAUGUGCUUGUUAAUAAUAUGUCAGAGACAUUCAAUAGUGUCGUAAUUGGACUUAGAGGGAAACCCAUAGUGACGAUGUUUGAAGACAUCAAAUUGUACUUAAUGGAAAGGUGGGCUAGAAAUAGAACUACAUUGGAAAGGUACACUUGUUCUGUUCUACCUCAAAUCAAGAAAAAGUUAGCAAAGGAACAAGAAUUAUCAAGAAUGUGGUUGUGUAGGUAUGCUGGUGAAAAUAUAUUUGGAGUUAGUAACAUCAACCACACAGGAGACAAGUUUGUGGUAUCACUGGAAAAUAGAGAAUGUUCAUGUAGGAAGUGGAUGCUCACUGGAAUUCCCUGCUGCCAUGCAGUUUGUUGUUGCAACUUCCUCAAAAAAGAUCCAGAAGACUUGAUUCCAACAUAUUAUAGGCGAGAGACAUAUGCCGCAUGUUACCGACCUGUUAUUUACCCAACAAAUGGACAAAAUAUAUGGGCUCAAACUCCAUAUCCUGAUGUCUUACCGCCACCAUCAAGAAGGCUUCCAGGAAGACCCAAAAGGUCAAGGAACAAAGAUGCCGAUGAAAAAAAUAAGGACUCCACGAUGAUUAGUAGGAAAGGGAUGUCAAUUAAGUGCAGCAAUUGUAAACAAGCUGGUCAUAACAAGGCAUCAUGUCCAAGCCAAACCCAAGAAAGUCAGUCUAAAAGCGCUUUUCAUUUCAAAUAA